GUCGUCGCUUGCAUGCUGGCUAGUUUUGUUCGUAUGCAGCCUAAGUGGGGGCUGUUCGAAAACGUGUUUGGACUCCGUCGCUACUUUGCAAAGUUCUUCAACCUGUGCCGUCGGCACGGAAUCUUAGCAGACUACCAUGUGCUUGUGCUUCCGCUGUGCCCUCACCAGAUCCUGCAAGAGCCGAUUCGAAGAAAAAGGCUUUUCAUAUGCCUGAUUCGAAAAGACUUGGCCAUCACUGCGGACCAGGCACUUUUGAGGGGGUUGGUGGAGAGGCUGGUGCAAGCAGCUGCGCGAACUUCUUCCCAUGUGCCUUUGCAAGGCCUGCUCCAACACAGUCGCCCCACAGCGGCCGCGGAGUUCACGGACAGAGUCCGGGGCAUCAUCCAGCAGGAGGUCAAGAAGUACAAGGUGGAUCCAGCACGGCCACUUGUGUUAGAUAUCUCACAGUCAGCGGGGAGGGUGCCUCGUGGCUUUGGGGUUGUUCCAUGCUUGACGCUGUCCUCAGCCUUGGUGCUCCACAAGCCUGGUCAAGGCUUAGCCCGGAUCAGUGGCUUGGACAAACUCGUCCUGCAUGGGGUGCCUGUCGAGAAGUAUCGGGUGGCCCAGGAGAUUGAGGAGAAGCUGCACCGCUUGUGCGGCAAUAGCAUGCAUGUGGCAGUUGUCGGUCUGGCCAUGACCGUUUGCUUUGCGCUGAUUGAUUGGACUCGGACCGCCCAGACCAAGAGCAAGGGUGGAACAAAUUCAAAGCCGAUCAUUUGGCACAAUUUCAAGGAGAUCCUGGGGACCAAAAAGCCGAGGGCCAAGGCGAAGAAGUCUUUCAAGACAGCGCCCCCAAAGCGCAAGGCGGCAGUGUCCCGCAGGCACAAUGCGGGGCUAGGAAAGCAGACGAGUGGCCAAGCCGGCCAGUCCCGGCCGAGGUUGGCAGAGCUUUUGCGGCA